CGGAAGUGACCAGGAACAGGUUGUGUACCCCCUGUUAGUGCCCGAGCGAGGAAAAGACACCAUGAAACACAGAUAGAGACUAAUUCUAAAAUAACUGCAACGCAAAAAAAAAAAAAGACGAGAGAGGACGCAGUGGUUACGCUGAGCAUCAUUCCUCCAUCUUGUUGUCCGAUGCUGCUUUGAGAGUCGCGGCAGGACACACGAGCGGUCAUGAAUCAGAAUUUCGACCGAGCUCCCGGAGCGGGGAGAAGCUACAGCCUGGCAGCGGACCCCGGGUUCGUAGGCGCGGGGGACGACGACGCCAACAAGCCCCCGCUGUUCGACCGGAGGGGACCGCUGAGGCAACCGCGAUCCAUGCCGCUGUACGCCGAGAGCAAUAUCAGCCCGACCAGCGAGGCGGUCGGUGGAGAUUGUAAAAGACAAACCAGACCUCAAACGAGUCCAAAUGCCAACAACGUGUCUGCCUCAUGUUAUGACGUCGACUCCUUGGUCAGGUCAUCAACGCUUUCAGCCAGUGCUGCAGAGUUCGUCCCCUCUGGAUUUAACUCGUAUGAAGACCCUACUCUUUAUGAUGACAACGAAGAGUAUUACACUGAAAUAAAUCUGGAAGGAAUGGUCAAAGACUUUCUUGAUCACCUGAGCUCCUCGCCAGGGACCUUUGAGUCGGACAUAGAUUACAUAACUGGCAUGCUCAACUCCUGCGUUACUACUGAAGCCUUGCUGCAGGAUCUGGUGGAACUGAUAUACAAAGAGUCCACAGCCAUUCCAAACUUCUCGUACACGGGUGCCAGGCUCUGUAACCACCUGUCCAAACAUCUCAACGUCAGCCCACCGAGCGGAAACUUCCGUCAGCUGCUCCUGAAAAGGUGUCGAACCGAGUAUGAACAUCGAGAUGUAGCUGUUCGAGGGGAAGCAGGGACUCAAAAGAAGUUCCACUCCUUUGUGCUCUUUCUGGGGGAGCUCUAUUUGUCCCUGGAGCUAAAGAGUGCUAAAGGACCUCCAAAACGAGCAGAGAUCCUCCUCGUGGCUCUGAAAGACCUGAUGUACAGUCUGUUCUCCAACCCCGUGGAUUCAAACCUCAUCUGCGCCGUCAAACUGCUCAAGCUUACAGGCUCCGUCCUGGAUGAUACGUGGAAAGAGAGUGGACAACCACACAUGGAUGAACUGAUACAGAGAAUAGAAACUAUAGUCCUGGACGCCACAUGCAGCAGGGAUGUUAGACAGAUGCUUUUAAAACUUGUGGAGCUGAGAUCAAGUGACUGGGGCAGAGUUCGUGCCGUUUCAGCAGCGAGCAACGCAACGCCAGACAACGACCCCAACUACUUCAUGAACGAACCUACAUUCUACACACAAGAAGGCACACCUUUUACAGCAGCUGACCCAGAUUAUGCUGAAAAGUACCAAGAGAUCCUUGACCGACAGGAGUACUUUGACUCGUUUGGAGAAAACGAAAACGAAAUAGAAAAUGAAAUAUCCGACUAUGAGGACGAGAUGGAGCCUGAGAUGGAAGAAGCGUUUGAGAGGUUUUGUUUAGAAGCGGAGCAGAAACGGAAACUGACACAAAAGAAGUGAAGAGCAGUAAGACUCCAAAACAGGCACAUACUGUAUUUUUCCAUCUUAUCUUGCUGGAAUGUUGAAAAGCAAAAAAGGAAACUAAGCGGACAAUAGGGGUCAAACGUUUAUUUUUUUGCAAACAAGCAUUUUAACAAAAAGAUCUGUUCAUAGUUGCACUUCUGACUCUUUUGUUCUGUCAGUGUUGAUUAGAAAAUGGGGACAAUCAAGACAAUAAUUGUUCAGAAUGUUUUUGAAUGGAGGCUCUUUUUAGACAUGGAAGUUUUCUCUUUGGUCUUUUGAAAUCUUUCAGCAAUGUAUCCAAUUUAUGCCUGAACGAACUUCAAAGAGGGAAAUGGUGUGCUGUGAAUUUUUUGAUGUUAUUUUUCUGAAAGGCAGACGAGGUUUAGAUCCCCAUGCAUAACGUACAGGCCCGAAAAAAUGCACUGUAGAUGAGGUUGUUUUUACCGCGUCCUUACAUAAGUGAAUAUACGGCCUCUGUUUCCGCUGUCGUGACAUUGUCUGUCAUUUUAAAUUGCCAAUAUUAACCACUUCAUUCAAAGCUUCUCACCUGUUUAUAUCUGGCUGGAGUUCACUGAAGUUGUCAGGCCUUCUGUGGAAGUUUGUGCCGUUCAGACGAUUCGUUGAAACGCUACGAAAGAACAAUCUGUCACAAACAUGGACUUGAUUUAUAGACACAGUGUUUUUAAAUUUCUUCCGGGGGUAAAAAAAAUCAACAUCUUAGGAAAUUUUAAGCUCAUGCUUUAAUAUCUUAAUAAUGUGGUGCAUCUAAAUUCAGUCCAUUUCUCCAACUUAGCUUUAAAUAUCUUCAUGUGUAAAAAUCAGCAGCGGCCAGUGUCACAUAGAAUAACUCAACUCAAGGUUCUCCUUUGGAUCUUGGAAAGACUACAAUACUGUUUACCAGCAAUCCAUGGAACCCCUACAAAGGAAUGUUGCUCUAUAGUUUGUAAAUAUUAUUUAUAGUUUUGUUUGCCUGCAAUAAAUACUUUAUAAUGUGA